AUGCAGAAAUCGAAAACGCCAAGAUCACAGGACGACUGUAAUGAUGAUGUAGAAACAAAAGAGCAACUCAAUCUUAAACCAAAUUCCGAUGAUAUAACGCCAGAAAUCAACAAAAUUCAUAAGAAUGGAAGACGAAAAUUUCACGAACUUCGGCAGUGCAUGCAAGCCGAUGAAGACGAUAAUGGCCCAACAAAUAAUUCGACUCCCGAAUCCCAAGGAAGUUCGGUCGACGGCGUUUUCCCGGCGCCGCGAACUACUCAUCCCUUUCGGAUAAUUGAACAUGACACGGUCAGCAUGCAAAGUAUGACGUCGUUAGGACGGAUCGGCCGAAUACUAUCUGGAGCGACAGACCCGUCAGGUAUUAGUCUUUAUUUUUAUUAAUAUUAUUUUUUAAAUCGCUUGAAUAGUAACCAGAACUUAAGUGCUGAUUUGAUUAAGUUG